AGUGGGGUUUGUGGAGUGGAAGAGAAAAACGAGAAAGGGACUGUAGGGUCCUUAGUGCCCUCUGUGCUUCGUGGUUAGCUUGCAGACGUCACCUGACCCAACUAGAAUCUCUAUCCAAAACCCGGUCAAAUUCCUCCUUCUUUGAUAACGCAGAAGAAACAGAAAAUUAAGUGACGCUCCUGCCAAGGCCGUGUCUAUAUGAAGGAAGGGGUUGAAGGAUCUACUGAAGAUGAGACGACUGAAUCGGAAGAAGACCUUGAAUUUAGUGAAAGAAUUGGACGCUUUCCCAAAGGUUCCAGAAAGCUACAUCGAGACUUCAGCAAGCGGAGGAACAGUUUCUCUUAUAGCUUUUACAACAAUGGCUCUUUUAACCAUAAUGGAAUUUACAGUCUAUCGAGACACCUGGAUGAAAUAUGAGUAUGAAGUGGACAAGGAUUAUACCAGUAAAUUAAGAAUGAAUAUAGACAUCACAGUUGCAAUGAAGUGUCAACAUAUUGGUGCUGACGUCCUGGAUUUGGCAGAAACAAUGGUUGCUACUGCAGAUGGAUUGGUCUAUGAACCAGUGAUAUUUGAACUCAGUCCCAUGCAAAGAGAGUGGCAAAGGAUACUACAAAAUAUUCAGGCCCGGCUGCAGGAAGAACACUCUCUCCAAGACAUAAUAUUCAAAAGUGCUUUUAAAAGUGCUUCAACGGCACUUCCACCAAGGGAAGACAAUCCCGUACAUUCGGCUGAUGCCUGCAGAAUUCACGGGCACCUCUAUGUGAAUAAAGUAGCAGGGAACUUUCACGUUACAGUGGGCAAGGCAAUUCCCCACCCGAGGGGCCACGCACAUUUGGCAGCCCUGGUGAGCCACGAAUCAUACAAUUUCUCCCAUAGGAUAGAUCACUUGUCUUUUGGAGAGCUCAUUCCAGGCAUUAUUAAUCCUUUAGACGGUACCGAAAAAAUUGCAUCAGAUCACAAUCAGAUGUUCCAGUACUUUGUCACAGUGGUGCCAACAAAACUUCAAACACACAAAAUUUCAGCAGAAACGCAUCAGUUUGCAGUAACAGAAAGGGAGCGCGUGAUCAACCACGCAGCCGGAAGUCACGGAGUCUCUGGAAUUUUCAUGAAAUAUGAUAUCAGUUCCCUUAUGGUGACCGUCACCGAGGAACACAUGCCCUUCUGGCAGUUUAUCAUCAGACUCUGUGGUAUAGUUGGAGGAAUUUUUUCUACUACAGGCAUUUUACACAGCAUUGGAGGGUUCAUAGUGGAAAUUAUCUGUUGCCGUUUCAGACUGAAGUCUUCUAAAUCUACACCUGUUCAACUUCCAGAUAGUCAACGAAAUGACCACGAACCUCUAGCCACCGAAGAGGCGACGCAAUAGCCCCUCCUUCAGAAACUCUAGUCUUGACAUGAAAAGACAUUUUUUUAAUAGCAAAAGAUUGUGCAAUACAUUAAAGACACAGAGCGGAGGGGG